GAGUCGUGCCAGCGAGGGAGCGAGGCCGAGGGUAGCCAGUGUGAAUGCUCGUGUCUCAGUGCUGUUGGGAGAGUCAUUGUUCCUUGACGUCACCACUCAGCCAAGCCUGCCGCUGCUGCUCUCAAACAUGUCUUUGUUAUUCAGCUUUCUAUUCUAUCGGAGACUGGUGAAUCGCAAAAUACGGAGAAGGUAUUCCCUCACUGGUACAAUGACAGCACCAAAGUGAAGGAAUAAUAAUAGUAAUGAAUAAUAGUUUGAUGUAGGCUAGGUGUAGGCUAAUGGUUUACUGUGGAAAAAAAUACAUCAACCACACUAAGCAUGACAUAGACUGCCUUAAUAAUCCAAAAAGUUUACACUUUGGAAGCUUAAAAAUCGUUUGUUUCCCAUACGAAAAAAGAUCUAGAUAUAAGAAAAACAUGUAUGCUCUCAUAUUCUAGUAUGUAUUGAAAGCAAGCUUGCUGAUCUUAGGCUGUCCUGUUCGGGUGCAGUUACCUAAUCCAUCGCUACGAACACUCGAUUUGACUCUGGGACACAUUUUGCUAGCAACCACGACGCACGGAUCUGUGGUAAUAGAAUAGCCGAUGUAAUUUGACACUUCAACUUGCCGUGCUCUACGUUAGUUGAUUCAGGCACUCACACACCACUGAUACGUUGUGCGCUUUCCAGUGGUUAUGAAGUGUGAAGAGCGACAACAAAACAAGACUUGAAAAUAAAGAGGAAUUUUGCUCCCUGCUUUGAGUUUUGGCCGUAUCUGAAAGUGCUGCGGACGCUGGCUAAAGAGGAGUGGACCGAGGUACCGUCCCUGCGGCCUACAUGAAGGGAGGCGCGGGGGAGGGGGGGGCAGUAACUACAGCUCAGACCUUCCCCACUCACAGGCUGCUUUUAUGAUUGAUGAGGAUACACAAGUGGAUUUGCCCAACACUAACGAACGAAUUCCACAGCGUCCACUGUGAGAGGGAAUUUGAUGGCUUCCAGAUAGAGAGCAAGAGGCUGCAAUCAAGAUGAACUCGAUGCCAUCGAUGGACAGGCACAUCCAGCAGACCAAUGACAGGCUGCAGUGCAUCAAACAGCACUUACAGAAUCCAGCCAACUUCCAGACGGCGGCGACGGAGCUGCUGGACUGGUGCGGAGACCCACGGGCGUUCCAGCGGCCGUUCGAGCAAAGCCUCAUGGGAUGCCUCACGGUGGUGAGCCGUGUAGCUGCUCAGCAGGGCUAUGAUUUGGACCUGGGCUACCGGCUACUGGCUGUGUGUGCGGCCAACAGGGACAAGUUCACCCCCAAGUCAGCAGAAACCAACACCUGCAGGAGAUGUCAGAGUGACUCAGCGCUGUUGUCGUCCUGGUGUGAGGAGCUGGGACGCCUGCUGCUGCUGCGGCACCAGAAGAACAGGCAGAACGAGCCUCAGGGCAAAGUACCCAUGCAGUCGCCCAUCAACUCCAUGAAGCCGCCCCUGUCACACGGCGAUGGGUCCUUCCCUUAUGAUUCUGUUCCCUGGCAACAAAACACCAACCAGCCCCCUGGGUCUCUGUCUGUAGUGACAACCGUGUGGGGUGUGACCAAUACGUCCCAGAGUCAGGUAUUGGGCAACCACAUGGCUAAUGCUAACAACCCCAUGAACUCUGGAGGGAACACCAUAGGCUCAGGCAUGGCAGCUAACAACCCAGGCAUGAACUCCCAGUUCCCUGGGCAACAGCAGCAGUUCGCAGCCAAAGGGGGCCCCAACCAGGCCUACAUGCAGCAGGGGAUGCAGCAGGGCAUGUACGGACGGCCAGGACACCCGGGCGGAGGCGGCUUCAGUGGGAGCUACCCAGGUGGUCCCAAUGCCCCCGGCGGAAUAGGCAUGCCUCAGCCCACCCAACCAGCUGCUGCGGCCGCUGCGGCCGCUGUAGCAGCCGCCGCUGCCACGGCAACCGCCACGGCAACCGCCACUGUGGCCCUACAGGAGACGCAAAACAAGGACAUGAACCAGUAUGGCCAGAUGUGUUCGUCCUUUCAGAUGGGUCCCUCACAGGGCUACAACAACCAGUUCCUCAGCCAGCAGGGCCCCCGAGGCCCCCCAUCCAUGCAGGGGGCAGGGGGCAUGAACCCGGCAGGCAUGAACCCAGGCAUCAACAACGCCAACAUGACGGGGCCCCCCAUGGGCAUGAACCAGCCCCGAGCCCCUGGCAUGGCUCCCUUUGGCGGCCACGGCCAGAGGAUGCCCCAGCAGGGCUACCCGGGCCCCCGGGCACAGGGCAUGCCCAUGCAGGCCAUGAAGAGGCCCUACCCAGGCGAGCCAAACUAUGGAGGUCAGCAGUUUGCACCAAACGGCCAGUUUCCCAACCAGCAGGGCCAAUAUUCCACCCCCAACCCCUCCAGGUCUCUGCCCUCGCCCAACUACCCCGGCCAGAGGAUGCCAGGCCAGCAGGGCGCCGGCCAGUACCCCCCUGGUGGAGUGGCCAUGGGCCAGUACUAUAAGCAGGAGCCAUUUAACGGGCAAAACAACAACAACUUCUCAGCCGGUGGAUACUCCUACAGUCAAGGCAAUGGGCCUCCUCGACCAGUGGGUAACUACCCCCACUCUCCGGUCCCUGGGAACCCCACGCCCCCCAUGACCCCGGGCAGCACUAUCCCCCCCUACCUGUCCCCCAGUCAGGACGUCAAACCGCCCUUCCCUCCAGACAUGAAGCCCAGCGUGACGGUGCUGCCCCCACACCCAACCAACCCUAACGAGGAGCUGCGUUUAACGUUUCCAGUGCGGGACGGUGUGGUGUUGGAGCCCUUCCGCCUGGAGCACAACCUGGCCGUCAGCAACCACGUCUUCCACUUGAGACCCUCUGUCCACCAGACACUCAUGUGGAGGUCAGAUCUGGAGCUGCAGUUCAAGUGCUACCACCAUGAAGACCGGCAGAUGAACACAAACUGGCCGGCCUCCGUGCAGGUCAGCGUCAACGCCACGCCGCUCACCAUCGAGAGGGGAGACAACAAAACCUCCCACAAACCCCUUCACCUCAAACACGUUUGCCAGCCGGGCAGGAACACCAUCCAGAUCACCGUCACUGCCUGCUGCUGUUCGCACUUGUUUGUGCUGCAGCUGGUGCAUCGGCCGUCCGUGCGAUCCGUCCUGCAGGGGCUCCUCAAGAAGAGACUGCUGCCGGCCGAGCACUGCAUCACCAAAAUCAAAAGAAACUUCAGCAGUGUAGCAGCCUCCUCUAACACCACUCUGAAUGGGGAGGACGGGAUUGAGCAGACAGCCAUUAAAGUGUCUCUCAAGUGUCCCAUCACCUUCAGACGGAUCCAGCUGCCAGCACGGGGACACGACUGUAAACACGUGCAGUGUUUUGACCUGGAGUCGUAUCUGCAGCUGAACUGUGAGAGGGGGACGUGGCGAUGUCCCGUCUGCAAUAAAAGCGCACUCCUGGAGGGCCUGGAGGUGGACCAGUACAUGUGGGGAAUUCUCAAUGCCAUCCAAAACUCGGAGUUUGAGGAGGUCACCAUCGACCCGACGUGUAGCUGGCGGCCCGUCCCCAUAAAGUCCGACCUCCACAUCAAGGAGGAUCCAGACGGCCCUCUGGCCAAGCGCUUUAAGACCAUGAGCCCCAGUCAGAUGAUCAUGCCCAAUGUGAUGGAGAUGAUCGCCCAGCUGGGGCCGGGCCCCUCGCCCUACACCUCUCUGGCCCAGCAGCACCAGGCCAACAGCGGGGAGUACGUCAGCCAGGGAAGAGGAAACAGUUACCAGGGCAACCAUGGAAACUUUGACUUCCCCCAUGGCAACCCGUCCAGCGGAGCGCCCAUGAAUGACUUCAUCCACGGCCCCCAGCUGUCGCACCCGCCAGAGGGGCCCAACAACCUCAUGGGCCCCGACAAGCCUCUCGCCCACGGCAUGCCUGACACGAUGCCUCACCCGGGCAGCACUGAACCGUCCCACGCUUCCAUGCAUCAGCAGAGCUUACACGCGCCGCCUCACCCCAGCAGCCAAUCAGCGCAGCCGCUUCACCACGGCGGCCCCCCUUCCUCCCAUCCGCCGCCCACGCGCCAGGGCCCGCCCAAUCAGCAGCAGCCUCAGCCGCCGCCGCCGUCCUCCAGCCUUAACAGCCAAUCGCAUGGCAGCGAGCUGACCUUUCACCCUUCGGAAGGGCAGGCCGGGGCACAGGGAGCAGCAGACAUGCCCGAGCCCUCGUUGGAUCUGCUGCCAGAGCUGGCCAACCCAGACGAGUUACUGUCAUACUUGGACCCGCCUGACCUCCCAAACAACAGCAGCGAUGACUUGCUCUCCCUCUUUGAAAACAACUGAUUUCAGUCCUAAACCUCUGUGGUCAGAAGGGUGUAGGUGUGUGUGUGUGUAGGCGCUCAACAGUGGACAGAAAGGAAAAAAAACUGUAAAGUACCAUAGUGUACACACACACCCAUGCACACACACUCCCGCUCAAACACACAUGUACAGGAGACUCUCUCUCUUCCUCUGCUUUUCAUUGUGUAAAUAUCUCCUUACUUUUUCUGAGCGUCUUUUUGACACAUAUGACAGCCAUGUUGGUUGGCACUAAGUGAUAUCUUUGAAAUACUAAUAUGGAAACUGUGCAGCUAUAUUUAGUUCAUAUACGUCACACAGAACUGUGUGUGUUCAAUAGGAAAAAAAAGUCUUGUAGCAUUUUUAUUCUUAUUUUCCUUUUGUGAAAAAAGAACGACAAACUGAAAGACAAACAAAAACUUUUUCCUGUGUUGGCCCAAAUCUCUUUGGAAAUUUGUUCUUCCAAGCUUUAACACCACAGCUUCCCAAACCCUGUACGUGUCCUGUAGGACCACAGCACUAGUCAUUCAUCCAAGUCAUUUUUUGGGGGAAAUCCAUAUAAGCACAACAACAACAACAAUACGCCAAACUGCAAGAGAGAGGACACUGACAGGGCACAUUCAAAAGGGAAAAAGAACUUGCAACACAAUCAGAACAACUGCCCUACACACCUACCCAAACCUCUUGGUGAGACCCUGCGCUCCAUCACGGACGUCCAGUCAGACGACCAGUCACCUUCUGCUGCCGCCCCCCCCCCUCCACAACAUCAUGUAGGCUUAGGCUAUGGUAAACGUGUUUCUUCUCAAAGGUAAAUAUGUAUAUAGAUCUAUAUAUUUUUUGUGAACAGAAUCAUCAUGCCUCCACCAUCUUGAAUCAAUGACAUCAAGCCAAGUCAAGGCAGUUAUGUGUUUUGUCUCCACUGCUAGAAGUUUCUUCCACCAGGAGAUGAGUUUGUUUGAACCAUUGGGUCACUGCGGUGUCAGUGUGACACAGUAGACAUGCUAUAGCAAUGAAAUGUGUCAGCCAUGCUGGUUAGGGAAGUCGCUGCUCAGCAGACCGGACGUGUCAUUUUGGCCAACCAAAUUUGAGACCCCAUAUCAACUUGUGACCUGUUGUGUUCCGCUCCACUGUCCGUCUGAGAUGUGUUGACGUGAGUUCAUGAAUGACUUACAGUAGGAUCCAGUUGUGUCCCCUUGCUUUUACUGGUAGACUUUUAUUUACCUAUCUUUGCUUGUUCCUUUGCAAUCUUCCUUCCUUCACAAUGUUUUGACCCUGAAGUUGUCAAUCAGACUUUUAUCUUGUUGAGGUUUACGUUUAUUAUGCAUAAUGUAUUUUCAUUUUCAACCUUUGUAAUCAUUCUUAGUUUGUCUGAUUUGAUAGUGUUGAAAACAUUGAGAGUUUAUUUAGAGAUGGCCAUGGUUCUACCAAAGUUAGCCCACAGACGGAUGAGCCAAUUCAUACGAGAAACACAGUGACUAAAUGUGUUUAGUGUUUUCUUUUGUUAAUGUGACUAUUGUGGCGGCCCAGUCAUUUUAUAAAUGGUUCUGAGUAAGGUUGGGAGAAUGAAUGAAUGAAUGAAUGAAUGAAUGAAUGAAUGAAUGAAUGAAUGAAUGGUGAGGUGAGUGCAGUGCUUCUGCUCUGAAUCUAUUUAUUGCAGCAGGUACCCAAGGUGACUACUGCUGUCUUUAUCAUCAGAUAUAGUCACAUUCCUAUCAACUCCUCAGACCAAUCAAGUCCUCUGACAGUACUCUACAUAUACUAACAUGUGGACACACACACACACGCACACACACACACACACAUACACACACACACACACACACACACACACACACACACACACACACAUCCAUCAGAAUGCAUGAAACGAUACACCUUUUUCCAUUUUGUCCUUAGCUGAAGUGCAGUUUUUUUUUCAUGUUUUCAGUUUGCCAAUAAAAGUUUUUUUGUAGUUGGAAAUCGAUUCUUUCCAAAUAUCACUCCUCGAGGUCACUAAAAUAUUUGCCUUUUCAGAUUUGUUAUCCAGUGUAGCAGUCAGUGAAUCAGUCAAGAGGAUUUAUAGCCGUUUUCAGAAAUUGCUGUUGAUUUUUAUAAAUUUGAUUGGUAUUCUCAAAGGUCUGAUGUUUUGCUUAACCUAAUGCAGCAUCAUAGAUCACAUUUUCUAUCUACUAUUGCAACUUUAGUGACUCAGUCCAUGUUUCUAUUAUUAUUGUUUCCCUGUUUUCAGGUAUUCAUUUUUUUUAUGAGAUAAGAGGGGGCGAUACGAUUUGGUUUACACUUAGAUUGAAUUGAAUUGAAAUAUUUCAGUCCUCUCGGCACUGGAGCAUGAUUUCAGUGAUGAUCAUAAAAUGAUUUUCAUGUGCAGUCUCCAUGAACACAUGCAUAUUCUUGUGUAUUCAUUUGAUGUGUUUGUUUGUUUGUUUGUUUGUUUUGUUUUGUAUCAACAAUGCACUGCCACAUGUUUAUGUUUUCCCUUUAGUCACUUAUUGACAUAAUCUAAUGUCUGCAGAAACACCUUGUUCACAUCGUGGGUUCAGUUUGAGUUCUGUAGGCAUUCCACAUGCUGUAGCUGUAUAGUCAUUGAGGAGAAAAGGAGAGGGGGGGGGGGGGGGGGGUGCCUGAGGAGACGCAGGAGUCCCCUCCUCUUGGUCAAUAAAGGACAGGCAGGUGUGGCAGAAAGAGGGGAGGGAUGAGGGAG